AAGCCUAGGCCCGAAAAGUCCACCUUCCUUCUCCUCUGAUGCUGCUUGGCCUGCUGUGUUCAUCCAGCUCUAUACCUUGUUAUCUCAGAUUCUCCAGCAUCGGCAGAUCCUAUGAUCAGGGAGUUACUUUUGAAUGGUUUUGUAAAUCUUAAUCAUGUAACACUUUGUUUGGGAAUAUUUAUCCCCAUUGUCCCUCGCUCCCCAACCUGCCUUUAACUUUGAAACUACAUGGCAACAUUAUGUCCUUAAUAUUUAACUACACAUUCAAGCUGAUAAAAAUUCAGCUAAAAAAACCAUGAAAAUUGUUAAAAAACACAACACUGAAAGAAGCAUGUUUGUGCGUUAUUAAAAUAGCAGUUUUGAUUUCUAAUGUGUGUAUAUCUGUGUUUGUUAAAACUCUGCCUAACAACACCUUGUUCUAUAACUUAUAAUGAUGACCAAAAUAAAAAGGCAGCUAUGCACUGCAGUUAAAAGAGCUGUAAGAUGAGAUUUCAGAUUUUACUGGAGGCGGACAGCUGUUCAAUCACCAGCGUGAGAGUCAAAAGGUAUUUUCCACACUCAGGGUUAGAAUCCAUCUUCAUGUACGUAAGCAUUCAAGUAAUUCAGGAUGGAUGCAUGACAGCCGUAAAAAAUGGGUGGCUUCCAGAGGUAGGUGGAGUCACACACUGCCCUUUUAAUCUUGGAUCAUCUGGGAGAAUGGCUGGUUGAUGAAUCACUGCCAACACAGAGUGGAACACAGUAUUGGUUCUGGCCCCUCUAGCCUGCACUCACACAAAGUUCAUGUUUUAAAUUAGACACAAGAGGAGAGCUUUCUGAACCACCAGCAACAUGGCUGAGGAACGAAUGUACUCAGACUCUAGCAACCUUGCUUUUGGUAUAAAUCCCACUGCUAGAGGUGAAGGGGAGGCUUCUCCACUUGACCCACUAACAGUAUUAACUCUCCUGGAAAAAGUGGCCGGGAUUGUUGACAGUGUUAAUGAAACUCAGCGGAAAAUGGAGCAACAGCAACUGGAAAUAGAAAACACUGUUAAAGAGAUACAAAUCGAUGUCGCAAAGCUUAAUAAGGCUCACCUGACUACGGACACAACAGUCUCAAAGUUACUGGUGAAAACCCAGAAGAUCAAUGCUAAUGUUAAAGAUGUGAGACAACGACUGGAUAAAACAAAUGCUCAGGUUAAAAAAGUUGAAGGAAACCACCGUGAGCUGCUCAAAAGGAAUAAAUUCCGAGUGGUGAUAUUUCAGGAGGAAAAUCAAAUGCCCUCCUCAGUUGUCUAUAAAAACCUGCCUCAUGAAGGGAAUGUGGCAGCUGCAGAAGAAGAACACACUGCAACUGCUGCUACACCACCACCGGACCUCUCCUCCGAUGAAGAAUUUGUUUAUAAUGAAGAAACUGCAAGUGCACGCCUCAGAAAAUCAGGCAUGAAGCGGGUGGAUAGUAUAAAGAAGGCUUUUUCAAAAGAAAACAUGCAGAAAACCAAACAAAACUUUGGGAAGCAGAUGAAUCGGCUCAGCAACACAAUCGUCCCACCCGACCGGAGAGAGAAGAUAAGGAUUUCAGGAGAGAGAAUCAAAAAGUCCAUCGUUGAUUCAAAACCAUUUCAUAUGAAUAUAAAAAAGAAAAAUGAAAGAAGUGGGGCAGAAGGACAAGAAGUAGCUGUCAAAGGUGUAGGAGAAAGUUCCAAGGGUGAGGUCACAGGUACAGAAGCAGCAAAGGAAGUGGACACACCAGGAGCUGUUGAAGUAGGUGAAGAUAAUCUCCCAGCAAUGGUUACAAAUAUUGCGAAUACAGAAACGGUUGUAGUAACCAUGGAAAAAAAAGGUGAUGAGGCAGUUCCUUCAGUGGCAGAAGUGAAGCAGAGUCCCGAGUUCAGCUAAAGAAAGACUUAAAGCUGCGUUACUUAAUAGCCACAGAAAGAGCUAGUGUCAAAAUUAUGAUGUUAAUACAUCUACAAAAUGUUCCUGUGUAUCAAAUCGGACUUGUUCAAUGAUUCAGAUUCUUUUAUUUUAAUUUGGCCAUAUUUUGGAUGAAGCAUCACAUUUGUGUACAAAGUGCCAGUCCUUUCACACACACCCUGCUAGCAGGCUGAACUGGACUUCAGAUGACCGUGGAUCAGUCCUCUGCACUUCUUGUGUCCCUGAUAUUGGUAGAAGUGGGUCCAGAUGAAUUGUGAAGGCUGGCAGGAGGUUUAUUAUUAAAAAAAAACUAAAACAUGGGAAGGUUUUUGUUUUUAAGAAUAGACCUUUGAAGAAGGACAGCAUUUUUCAAUUUUGUAUUUGAAUCUUGAAGUUUAUAUUGUUUUGAAUUGGGCUGUUAAGUAGUACAGUUUUAAUUCUUGUCAGUCUCUCAGCUAUCCUCACAUAGUGUUUUCAGUAUCGCUUUAUGUCACAUGUCAGGUAGCUGUGGUGGAUGUUGAAAAAAUAAUCUUAUUUCGUUGUUGUCACUAUGGUAACUGAAACAUCAAGUGAUUGCUCCUCAGGCCUUAGAAUUAAUGAAAGGAACAGAUGCUGUAUAUUGGGCAUAUCAUAGUGUAAUAUGUGGCAUUAGAUAAAAAAAUUAUUCUCUAAAAGUCCAUGGAGAUUUACUAUAUUCCGUCCCACAGGGAAAAUGUUACAUUCUCUGUAAACAUAUUGCUGAAACAUCUAAAUAUGUUUCAAAACUCUAUUUCUGCACAAACAAAAUCGGAAUGAUUUAUUUACUUGUUUAUUUCGGCUAUUUCACAAAUUUGCUUUAAUACGAAUAAUUAGCUAAAAUGAGCAUGUUUUUGAAGUGUGUAUCCUGCGUAUUCUUAUUUGUAUCUUUAGUUUUCAAACUGAAAUAGAUGUGUCAUUGUAUAUGUAAAAUAGGGUGAUUUAGUUUAAUAUUCUUUGGUGUACUUUUCAUGUUGUCUCUCCCCGAGUGUUCGUUGUGGUGUGCAUGGGCAAAUUCUCAGUGAUGACUGCAAGCACCAGAGCUACUUGUUUAGCUUUGGGGUGUUUCCAGUGUUAUUUGUAGAAAGCAUAAGUCAUGCAGUUGGACAUUCAAGUGAAUACAAUACUUAUAGUUUGAGCAGAUUAUAUUACUUCAUGUAUAUUCAUUAAGGGAUUUAGUCCAUAAAAUUGGGAGUCAUGUAAGUUUAUACAUUUGCUUAAAAUCUGGCAUAGUUGACAAGUGCCUGAAUUCAUUUUUCAGCUUUCUUCCAUUUAACCCCUCUUCUCCUGGAGAUAGUGACUCCUGUGAAGGUAUUGACCCAUGGGCGCUGGAAGCCUUAUGGCAUUUAGGUUGAGUUGCAGUUCUGUACAUUUGUGCUUGUACAUUGAAUGUCAGCAGGCAAUUUGACUGGAUAGAAGGGAAUCACAAUAAGCCCAAUCCUGUCCCCACCCAAUUGCCAUGCAAGUAAACUUUCCAGCAGCAAUCACUGGACAGUGAGCAGGAGCAGGAAUCCUGACAAUUUUCCGGUCCCUUUCCUAGGGACACUGAAGUAACCAAAUAAUAAACUGUUGUGUAUUUCAACACUUGUCUUUCAGAAUGACAGGAAAUAUUAGUUUAAAUUUGUCAUAUUUUCCUCCUUUCAGGUCUCUUUGUCUGACCUUUUAAGUCUUAUUUUUUAUUGAAGUCUUUGUGCUCAUGCUACACAUUAGACCCGAGUUAACAGCUAUCCACUGUUUCCUAAUCUUGUGGGGAAAUGUCUACUGAAGAGUGCCUGAGAAAAACUUCACUGAAUGGGGGCUGCAAGUACAAAACUGCCUUGUCCAUGUAUGAUGACAUCGGUACCUUAAUAUAUUAUAUCUCCCAAGUUCCAAAUAAUUCAUGAGCCUUGUUUGGUACACUGUAGUUCUUAUAUCACGUGUACAUUCAAUUCUUUGCAUCAGACAUGUGCUGCAUGUUGUUCUUAAAUUACUGUGCAUUAACUAAUUACAACAUGCAUUCACAUCAUGAUAUAAGCUGUGGACAGGCCUCAAAGGAUUAGUGCAGAAUAAUUAUAAGGUGCGCAGAUUGUCUCUUUUUAAAUGGUCUGGUCCAUUUGUAUAUGUGUCAGAAGAACUUACCGAGAUAAAGGCACAGACUCAUCAUUUAAUUUAUGUUUAGUUAGUCCUCAGCUGCUACUAACAGUUCGAUCAUAGAAGUAAGGUUUGCAAUCUGUAGCCACAUUGUCAAAGCACAGUAGGUACAAUUGUGGCAACAACAUUCAGUACCUACAUUUGGGAGCUGGUUCAAAGCAUUGAAAAUGUAGGACACUAUUUAGAAUGUUGCUGGAACAGCAAAAACAAGAGAAAAUGUGGAUAAAACGCUGAAAACACAAUGGGGGAAGUAAUAAGAUAUAUAGCAUAUGUGAAAGUAAAAUGGAAAAUCAAAGACAUGAGAUUGUAGCAAAAAAGCAAAUAAAGUGUUAAAACAUAACGUUUUAUUAUAUGAGAACUUGAAUGGAGAAAGGAAGGAAAGCAGGAUUUUAUUUAACUUUAGAGAAAUAGCUUUUCAUUUGAGAGAGAGCCGUACAUGUGAUGUGCAGGUACAGAGAUAUUGAGGCUAGUGUAGUUUAUGUCUCUCUGUGUAUAAUUCAUUAUUUUAAACCCAUUCCUUCCCUGAAUCUAAAGAUGGAAAAACAUGGUUCGGGGUUGAUGUCAUGCUCAUAGACUUUCAUGUGUAAUGUUGCGUAUAGAUAUAAUUGGGUUCCUGCUGAAUAAAUGUUAAAAUAACACCCUCACAUUUACUUUGCAUUUUUGCAUAUUAGUUAAGCAUUGUUACUUGCAUAAACACCAAUAUAUCAAACACGACGGAAUCAGAGACAGCAGCUUCCAAAGUCCUGCAGCUGUACAUGUUGUACUACAGACUUUGAUCGAUUUACACAUGUUAACACCAGCUCUGAAAGUCAUAUCUGCUACAACAAGAAAUUAACUUAGAAGUGGGACACGGAACAAAAUGUUACAGCGAUCUGUUGUUUUAUGGUAAUCAGCAGGAUUUCUCACAGGAGAAUAACGACAAAAGUGGAGAUGAGAAAAAUGUGGUGUGAACUGGAAAUACCUGGUAAAAUUUGACAAAAGCAAAUUUCAAGUGUCAGUAAAGCAUUGCACAAUUCUUCUAUCCUUUUCCACUAUUUUAUCUAACAAUGCUUUAUGAAGUAACAUAGCAAAUGAAAAAUAUUUUAAUGCUCUUCAUUACAUUUAUUGAUGACAUGAUUGGAGAUGGAUGUUAAGUAGUUCUCUGGAGGAAUGCAUUUGAUUGCCUUAUUCCCCCCUUAUUAUUGGUAUUUGGUGUUUAUAGUUUGUGUUUUUUUUUUGGUUUUGGAUGCAAUUUCUGUACAUUAACUCAAUAAAGAAAACAUACAAUUUGA